AUGGCAACAACCUCAAAUAAACCUCAAAGAUCUCUCCAAGAAAUCGAGGACAUAAUCCUCCGCAAAAUCCUCUUAAUCUCUCUCACCGAUUCCUCUGAUCCUCGAAUUGUCUACUUAGAAAUGACUGCAGCUGAGAUUCUCAGUGAAGGCAGAGACUUGAAACUCAAUCGCGACUUAAUCGAACGCGUCUUGAUCGAUCGAUUGUCUGUUCAAAACCCUAACACAGAACCUCCUUUCAGCUACCUCUUAGGUUGUUACCGUCGCGCGGUUGAUGAAUUGAAGAAAAUCGCGAAUAUGAAGGACAAAAAUGUUAAAUCAGAGCUGGAAUUGUCGAUCCUGCAAGUGAAGAAAUUGUCUGUUUCAUAUUGUAGGAUUCAUUUAGGGAAUCCUGAGUUGUUUGGGGGUGAUUCGACUGUUGUUAAGAGGAGUGGGAAUUCGAAUGUUUCGCCGGUUUUGCCGUUGAUUUUUGCUAUGGUUGAUGAGUUUAAUAGUGGUGGAAUUCAGCCUUCGCCGCCGGGGUUUUUGGAGGAGUUGUUUAGAGAAGGGGAUUUUGAUAGUUUGGAUCCAAUUCUGAGGGGUUUAUACGAGGACUUGAGAGGGAAUGUCUUAAAGGUUUCUGUUUUAGGGAAUUUUCAACAACCAUUAAGGGCUUUAUUGUUUUUGGUUAGUUUUAAUGUUGGUGCUAAAUCACUUGUUAGUCAUAAGUGGUGGAUUCCGACAGGGGCUUAUGUAAAUGGGAGAGUUAUUGAAAUGACAAGUAUUUUGGGUCCUUUUUUUCAUGUCAGUGCAUUGCCUGAUAAUACUAUUUUUAAGAGCGAGCCGGAUGUUGGGCAGCAAUGUUUCUCUGAUGCAACAAAUCGUCGACAAGCUGAUUUGUUAUCUUCAUUUACUACAAUUAAGACUCUUAUGAAUAAUUUAUAUGAUGGUUUAUCAGAAGUGCUUCUUGUUCUACUUAAAAAUAGUGAUACUCGGGAGAGUGUUCUUCAGUAUCUUGCUGAGGUGAUCAAUAGAAAUGCAACAAGAGCUCAUAUACAAGUUGAUCCUUUAUCUUGUGCAAGUUCGGGCAUGUUUGUCAAUCUAAGUGCUGUCAUGCUUCGGCUCUCUCAGCCAUUGUUAGAGCCAAGUUUUACCAAGAGGGACAAAAUUGAUUCAAAUUAUGUGUUUCACAAUGAUCGUUUGGAUCUAAGAGGUUUGACAGCUCUACAUGCAUCAUCAGAAGAAAUUACUCAAUGGCUUAAUACUCCUGGAAAAAUUGAUGUCUCGGCACAGUCUAGUGAUGUUGAAAAUCGCUUGUUACAAUCUCAAGAAGCAACCAGUUCUGGUAGCAGUGGUGAAAAGGCUAAAUACUCAUUUAUUUGUGAGUGCUUCUUUAUGACUGCAAGGGUGCUCAACUUGGGUCUGUUAAAAGCAUAUUCUGACUUCAAGCAUCUAGUUCAGGACAUUUCUAGAUGCGAAGAUACACUCUCCACAUUUAAAGACUUGCAAGAGCAGACACCGUCUCAGCAGUUGCAGCAGGAUAUUGAUCGUCUUGAGAAAGAAAUAGAGUUAUAUUCACAGGAAAAGCUUUGUUAUGAAGCUCAGAUAUUAAGGGAUGGAGCACUUAUUCAGCAUGCCCUUUCUUUCUACCGAUUGAUGUUGAUUUGGUUGGUUAGCCUGGUCGGUGGAUUUAAAAUGCCUCUGCCAUCAACUUGCCCAAAGGAAUUUGCCUCGAUGCCAGAGCAUUUUGUGGAAGAUGCCAUGGAAUUACUUAUAUUUGCUUCUCGGAUUCCAAAAGCUUUGGAUGGAGUCUUACUGGAUGAUUUUAUGAACUUCAUUAUCAUAUUCAUGGCAAGUCCAACAUAUAUUAGAAACCCUUAUUUAAGAGCAAAGAUGGUUGAAGUAUUGAAUUGCUGGAUGCCACGGAGAAGUGGUUCAUCUGCUACAGCUUCUCUAUUCGAAGGGCACCAAUUGUCACUUGAGUAUCUUGUGAGGAACCUCUUGAAGCUUUAUGUUGACAUUGAGUUCACAGGCUCUCACACACAGUUCUAUGACAAAUUCAACAUACGGCAUAAUAUUGCUGAACUUCUUGAAUACCUAUGGCAGGUCCCUAGUCAUCGUAAUAUUUGGAGAAAGAUUGCUAAGGAAGAAGAAAAGGGUGUCUAUCUGAACUUCUUGAACUUCCUGAUCAACGACAGCAUCUAUCUUCUUGAUGAAAGUCUGAACAAAAUUCUUGAACUCAAAGGGUUAGAAGCUGAGAUGUCCAACACCACAGAAUGGGAGCGAAGACCAGCUCAAGAGAGGCAGGAGAGAACCCGCCUUUUCCAUUCCCAAGAGAAUAUAAUCCGCAUUGAUAUGAAGUUGGCAAAUGAAGAUGUGAGCAUGCUGACAUUUACAUCAGAACAGAUUACAGCACCUUUCCUUCUUCCUGAGAUGGUAGGAUAUAUUUAUGCUUUUGACCUUCCAUAUCUAUGCUGUAACCGCUUACAAGUUGACAGAGUGGCCAGCAUGCUCAAUUAUUUCUUGUUACAACUCGUGGGUCCCCAAAGGAAAUCCCUCACCCUAAAAGACCCUGAAAAGUAUGAAUUCCGCCCAAAACAGUUGCUUAAGCAGAUUGUCCAUAUGUAUGUUCAUCUGGUGAGGGGUGAUACUGAAAACAUCUUCCCAGCUGCCAUAUCGAAGGAUGGUCGGUCAUACAAUGAACAGUUAUUUACUGCUGCUGCUGAUGUCCUUCGGAGAAUUGGUGAAGAUGGGAGGAUCAUCCAGGAAUUUAUUGAGCUUGGUAGAAAAGCAAAGGUUGCAGCUUCUGAGGCAAUGGAUGCUGAAGCUGCCCUUGGAGAGGUACCAGAGGAGUUCCUUGAUCCAAUUCAGUACACUUUGAUGAAGGAUCCAGUUAUCUUACCUUCUUCAAGAAUGACAGUUGAUAGGCCUGUCAUUCAAAGGCAUCUUCUGAGUGACAGUACGGACCCCUUCAACCGAUCCCAUCUUACUGCAGACAUGCUGAUUUCAAACACUGAGUUGAAGGCAAGAAUAGAGGAGUUUGUCAGGUCCCAAGAAUUAAAGAGGCACGGGGAAGACUUCAGCUUGCAGAGAGCCAAAGAAACAAUCCAAACCACAACUGAAGAAAUGUUGAUUGAUUAG